AUGCAAAUGAGUGGUCAAGACCACCAAGUUUCCUCCGAACAGCAGGCCCUGCAACAGUGGGCCCAGAUCCUGGACAACCCGACGCUCAGCGUGCUGCCGCACGACUUCCUGCGUCCGCACAGCGAGCCCCUCGUGGAGCAGCGCGAGCAGCUGGCUCAGGUGCCGCAGCUGGCGCUGCCGCACGGCAAGGACGCGUACACUGCGGCGGUCGCCGCGUGGGCGUCGCUGGUACUCCGGCUGACAGGCGACGACGACAUAGUGCUGCUGGUUAGCGAGCGCAAGGUCGCAAGAUUCACAGUGCAGGCGGACUGGACGUUCGCACAGGCGUACGAGGCCGCGGCGCGCGCGCUGCGCGCCGCUGAGCAGCGCCCCGCGGUAUGCUUCGACGCGCUGGCUGAGCAUGUUCAGCGCGCGCAGGGCGUCGAGCUCGCGCCACAGCUGUUCCGGCUCGCGUGCGUGCAGGACGCGCCGGUGUCACUGGGCGGCGAGUUCCGCACGCAGCGACUAGACGCGGUGCUGAGCGUGCGCGACGGCGGCGCGACCGUGGGCAUUGCGUACAACGCGCUGCUGUUCUCCGAGCGCCGCAUCGCGAUCCUGCUCGACCAGUUCACGCAGUUUGUGUCGCGCGUGCUGCAGGACGACUCGCAGCGCGUGGGCGCGGUGCCGCUCGUCACGGCCUCCAGCACAGACGUGCUGCCGGACCCAACCGUGGACCUGGGCUGGUGCGACUUCGCCGGCUGCAUCCACGACAUCUUCCAGGACAACGCGGAGCGGUUCCCAGAGCGUACCUGCGUCGUCGAGACGCCGGGCAACUCUGGCGCGGCCUCGCGCGUCUUCACCUACCAGGACAUCAACCGCGCGUCCAACGUCGUGGCGCACUACCUGGUGCGCACGGGCGUCAAGCGUGGCGACGUCGUGAUGAUCUACUCGUCGCGUGGUGUUGACCUCAUGGUGUGCGUGCUGGGUGUGCUCAAGGCCGGAGCGACGUUUUCCGUCAUCGACCCUGCGUAUCCACCCGCCAGGCAGACCGUGUACCUGGGUGUCGCGCGGCCCCGCGGUCUUAUCGUGAUUCGCGCGGCCGGCCAGCUCGACCAGUACGUCGAAGACUACAUCUCGCGCGAGCUUGACGUGGUGUCGCGGAUCCCCGCCGUGGCGAUCCAGGACCACGGCCGUGUUUUAGGCGGCGCCGCCGCUGGCAGCGCCGAGGACUGUCUCGCACCCUUCACGGGCCUGUGCGACACGCGCACAGGCGUCGUAGUCGGGCCCGACAGCAACCCCACGCUGUCGUUCACUUCCGGGUCCGAGGGUAUUCCCAAGGGUGUGCUGGGCCGCCACUUCUCACUGGCCUACUACUUCAGCUGGAUGGCGCGCCAGUUUAACCUCUCCGAAAAUGACAAGUUCACGAUGCUGUCCGGUAUCGCGCACGACCCUAUCCAGCGUGACAUGUUCACGCCGCUCUUUUUGGGUGCGCAGCUGCUGGUGCCAACGCAGGACGACAUCGGGACGCCCGGCCAGCUCGCCGAGUGGAUGAGCAAGUACGGCGCAACUGUGACGCACCUGACGCCCGCCAUGGGCCAGCUGCUUACUGCGCAGGCCACGACGCCAUUCCCCGCACUGCACCACGCGUUCUUCGUUGGUGACAUCCUGACCAAGAGAGACUGUCUGCGCCUGCAAACGCUGGCGGAAAACGUCCGCAUUGUCAACAUGUAUGGUACGACUGAGACGCAGCGUGCCGUGUCGUUCUUCGAGGUCAAAUCGCGGUCGGAGGACCCCGACUUCCUCAAGCGCCUCAAGGACGUGAUGCCUGCGGGCAAAGGUAUGCUCAACGUGCAGCUCUUGGUCGUCAACAGAAACGACAGAACUCAAGUCUGUGGCAUCGGCGAGGUGGGCGAGAUCUACGUGCGCGCCGGCGGCCUUGCCGAGGGCUAUCGUGGGCUGCCUGACCUGAACAAGGAGAAGUUUGUCCAGAACUGGUUCGUGGACCCCCACCACUGGGACGCCCUGGACAAGGGCGGCGACGAGCCCUGGAGACAAUUCUGGCUGGGCCCCCGUGACCGCCUCUACAGAACCGGUGAUCUCGGGCGCUACACCCCAGACGGCAACUGCGAGUGCUGCGGCCGUGCGGACGACCAGGUCAAGAUCCGUGGCUUCAGAAUCGAGCUCGGGGAGAUCGACACCCACAUCUCUCAGCACCCGCUGGUCCGCGAGAACAUCACGCUGGUCCGUAAGAACAGCGAGAACGAGCCUACCCUGAUCACCUUUAUGGUUCCUCGUUUCGACAAGCCUGAGGAGCUGUCGCGUUUUGAGUCCGAGAUCAGCGAAGAUGCGGCCCAAGACCCAGUCGUCAAGGGUUUGAUCAAGUUCAGACUCCUUGCCAAAGACAUCAAAGAAUCUUUGAAGAAACGCCUUGCAAGCUACGCUAUUCCUUCUGUCAUUGUGGUGCUUGAAAAACUGCCUUUGAAUCCAAACGGUAAAGUUGACAAGCCCAAAUUGCAGUUCCCAACUGCAAAGCAGUUGGCUACUGUCGCCGAGAACUCCUCCAUGGAUGUUGACGACUCCGAAUUCACCCCUGUGGAGCGCGAGGUUCGCGACUUGUGGCUCGAGGUGCUGCCAACCAGACCAGCCUCCAUUUCUCCCGAUGACUCGUUCUUUGACCUUGGUGGACACUCUAUUCUCGCUACCAGAAUGAUCUUCUCUCUCAGAAACAAACUCGACGUCGACUUGCCUCUAGGCACGAUCUUCAAAUACCCAACGAUCAAGCUCUUUGCCGGCGAGGUUGCAAGAGCAAGAACAACAGAAUCAAGCGCCGACCCCGGCGUCGAGGCGGCCACCGCCGACUACUACGGCGAUGCCAAGAAGCUCGUGGAAAGUUCGCUUUCCAAGGCCUACCCCUCCCGUGACCCUCUUCCCGAAGAGGGCUCUGGCAUCUUGAAUGUCUUUGUCACCGGUGUUACCGGUUUCUUGGGCUCCUAUAUUCUCGCUGACCUCCUCAAUCGCUCAGCGUCGCCCUACACUAUCAAGGUUUUUGCGCAUGUUCGUGCGAAAGACGAGGCUUCCGCUAUGGAUCGUCUAAAGAAGGCCGGUGUGAUUUACGGCACUUGGUCGGACGACUUUGCCUCUCGCAUCCAGGUUGUGCUUGGCGACUUGUCUAAGGAGCAAUUUGGCAUGGACAGUGCCAAAUGGGAGCAGCUUACAAAGGAGGUUGACGUUAUUAUCCACAACGGUGCUUUGGUUCACUGGGUCUACCCAUAUGCCAAGUUGAGAGAUCCUAACGUUGUCUCGACGAUUAAUGUCAUGAACCUGGCUGCAUCUAACAAGCCAAAGUACUUCAACUUUGUGUCUUCCACAUCCACCAUCGACACUCCCCACUACUUUGAGCUUUCUGACAAGCUGGCCACGGAAGGGAAAGGUCUCCUGGAAGGCGACGACCUCAUGGGGUCUGCAACUGGUCUGACAGGUGGCUACGGUCAAUCGAAGUGGGCAGCUGAGUACAUUAUAAGACGUGCUGGCGAACGCGGCCUGAGGGGCUGCAUAGUUAGACCCGGCUAUGUCACCGGUGCUUCUUCUAAUGGUUCCUCAAACACUGACGAUUUCUUGCUACGUUUCCUGAAGGGUGUUGUCCAACUGGGUAAGAUUCCUGACGUAAGAAACACUGUCAAUAUGGUGCCAGUCGACCAGGUCGCUCGCGUAGUUACUGCUACGGCACUCACUCCACCAAAGGAAGAUGCUUUGACAGUCGCGCAUGUUACCGCACACCCCCGCUGUCUAUUCAAGGACUAUUUGAGCGAAUUGGAGAAGUAUGGCUACCCUGUUGAAGUUGUUAGCUACGACGUUUGGAAGAAAACCUUGGAAGAGUCUGUCAUGAAGGGCUUAGAAGAGAACGCAUUGUACCCACUACUGCACAUGGUUUUGGACAAUCUGCCUGAAAAUACAAAGGCCCCCGAGCUGGACGACUCAAAUGCUGUUGUUUCCCUAAAGAAAGAUGCCAAGAUCAUUGGUGAAGACUGUUCUGCAGGUAAGGGCGCUACUCCCGAGCAGAUUGGCAUUUACAUUGCCUUUCUCAACAAAGUCGGUUUCCUGCCACCACCACCUCAAGCCGGAGACUUGCCACUUCCCGAAAUUAAACUCUCGGGGGAACAAAUUGAGCUUGUUGCAUCUGGUGCAGGUGCUCGUGGCAGCUCAGCUGCCGCCUAA